ACAUUAUAGCCCAAGAAAAUAUAAUACACUUGGAGGUAUACAGUUUCUCGCUGCUGUCAUAUAUUGCAUGGGUAUAUAUACAUUGUAUAUUAGUACGGAUGCUACAAGCAUACAAACUUAGGAAUCUAAUAUUAACGCUCGCGGUAAUCAUAGUAUGUUUUUCACAUCAGUACUCGAGAAUCGGGCGGCGGCUGUAUGAAUUCCCAUGAUUGUGUAUCACUGGAGGAUUAAGCUAUAAUGCGCACACACCCUUUCUGAAAUCGGCGGGAUUUAUGCAACUUGCUCUUUGAGUAAUCACGACAGCUAUGGAGAGAUUUGUGUAUUGGGUUUUGUUAGUUUACACCAUUCUUCAAUUGAGUGAGGCAACUCCAUUAACUGUUUCGUCGGUUCUGACUUCGCCAUUCCUUAUGGAGGUAAAAAAUGACGAAUUUGGUGAUAACAAAACAUAUCGCGGCUAUAUUAUCGACCUGUUAGAUGAAGUAAAGAAAAAAGCGAACUUUGAGUACAGAAUUGAAAUCUCGCCCGAUGGGACAUUUGGACGAGAGUUGACGCCGGGGAACUGGAGCGGAACAAUCAAUGAGGUCAUUCAAAAGAGGGCUGCCUUUGCCGCAGGUCCAAUAACCAUCACUUCUAAACGGGCAAAGAGCGUCGACUUUUCCACUCCGUUUCUUACAACACCAUUUGGAAUAGUAUUGCAGAAACCGGAGAACAUCGAGGAAACAGUGGAGCACCGCCUGUUGAGGAUCUGGGCCCCGCUCAAACCCAGCGUGUGGAUGAUGAUCUUCAUCUCGUUUCUCGUGACCAGCAUCAUACUGUACGUGGUGUCUUAUUUUAACCCCUAUGAAUGGCGGAGAAUGUCGCACGACAGGGAAGCAACUCUUCGUGAAGGGGAGUCCUUCACCUGUAUGAACAGCUUCUGGUUCGCCAUAAGCGCUCUGAUGUGGCAAGGUUACGUUCGGGCUCCUCGCUCCAUCGGUGGCAGAAUCAUUGUCAUGUUUUGGUGGCUUUUUGCCAUCAUUUCGAUCUCUUGUUACAUCGCAAACCUAUCAAAUUUACUCAAGCUUGAGAGCAACACCAAAAGCAUCGAAAAGAUUGUAGCAGUUAAGAAUUUCAACGAUUUCGUGAACAGUGACAUUCCAUAUAUCAUUACCAAAGGAGGAGCAAUGGAAGAGUUUAUUUCCAAAUCAGAGGCCAGGAUAGCCCGGCAGCUAAGGUCCAAAGGGUACGGCACCGUUAAUUCCAUAAAGGAAGGCUUGGAAAAAGUCAACGACGAGCCGACGCAGGCUCUAGCGUUUAUAGGGGAAUCCAUGAUGAUCAAGUACUAUUUGCGAAGCUAUUCCUGCAAGCUUUAUGUAGUUGAGGAUCCGUCUUUUUAUAGACAAUAUGCCUUAGUUUUACCAAAAGACUCGACGAUCGAACGGAGACUGAAUGCAGCAAUAUCGUCGCUGGAUGAAGUAGGAAUUCUAAAUGACAUGUAUGAAAGGUGGUUUUCCGCGUCCUGUCGAGGAAUUUCAUUUGACUUGAGUCGCCCCGAGCUUUACGAAGUUCCAAAAUUCUUUGUGCUCGAUGUCGGCCAUUUUUCUGGAGCCAUGUUGGCUUUAGCCAUUGGAUUGGUGUUUGGGGGUUUGGUUACGUUAAUAGAAUACAUCAUCUACAAAUAUGCCGAAGAGCCGGAAAAGGAAAAAUCGAAGGCCAAAAGGAAGGCAAGGUUGGGAGUUCAACAGGAAGCGGAAAUAGAGGGUGCGUCCGAUUCCGCCAACAGGCUGUUGUCCGGAAACAAAUCAACAACGACGGUGUGAGAGUUGUCAAAAUAAGAUUAACUAGACUAUGAUUUCUAUUUAAAUUUCCACCUCUAUAUGUUCUAGCUUUAUAUCUCAUUCCAGUUUUUGUACCUACAAUUGUUGCUUUGGAUCCAGAUUUACCCUUUUCGUAGUAGAUUUUUUAAGGGGAGGGUGACUGUUGUGGGAGAGAUCACCCUUAAAGUUUGUUAAUCACAUUAUCAUCUGAUAAACUGAACAUUUUUUUAUCUAAGGAUUUAUUUAUCUUAGGAAUACCCAAAACUGGGCAUCUUUAUACUUAUCAUGUUGUUACUUUUGAAUGUAAUGAAUGGAUGCUAAUGCAAAUUUUUCAACAUGCAGCUCAACAAUUACAACAUGCAGCUCAACAAUUACAAUACAAAUGUAUAAAAAUAAGUGACCUGAGGUUUAUUUACAUAACAAAGAAUUGUGAGCUCAUUAUCUCGGUCAUAACUUGAGACCGACAUCCAAAUUUUGGUUGACUACUAGAAAUGCCUAACAGAAGCAUUUAAAACAUUAGAAACCUGAAAAAUAAAUUUUGGCCAAAAUCGUGGUCAUGCGCCUUUGAUAAAUAGGAAAAUGUUGCAAAAAUAAAAAAUGUAGAAUGCUUGA